AUGGUGAAAACUUUAAAGAAAGAACACACAUGCUUAAGAUUGAGUAAUAAUAAGGCAACAACUUCUAAAUGGAUUACUACUCAACUUGGGGACCUACUUGAAGCUAAUCCUGAUCUGGAUAAUGCAACAAUGAGAGCAUGCUUGGAUAAGUGGGGAGUGGAACCUCAAAUUUGGAAGAUGCAGCGGGCUAGAAGAAUGGCAAGGGAAAAAUACCAGGGCAGUUUUCAAGAGUCUUAUGGAAAAUUGCACACAUAUUGUACUUUACUUUUAGAAUUGAACCCUAGGAGCACGGUUAAGCUACAAGCAAUGGACAGAUUCCUAAAUGGUUGUAGACCUUGGAUUGGAAUUGACGGAUGCCAUUUGAAUGGCCCAUUUGGAGGGACUUUGUUGGCUGCAGUUGCACUUGAUGGGAACAACAACAUGUUUCCUCUUUCUUUGGCUACUCAUCUUUCUGAUAUAUUAGGGCCUCAAUAUACAUUUGGUCAUCAUGCUAAAUCAAUGGAGCUUACCAAUAAUGUCUGCGAGUGGGAGACAAUGUAUCAGAAGGCUCUAUCCAAUGAAAAGAGAGUCCCCCCAACAAUUCAGAAAAAGAUCGCAGCAUGUACCUCAUUGUGUAGAAGAUGCAAACUCCUUCAUGGAAGAGAGCAACACUACGAGGUUGUAGAAAUGAGAAGGAGGUAUACUGUCAACUUAGGGGAGUUAACUUGCUCAUCUAUCCUAUAUAGGGGAAGGAAUAUUGAAGAUCUGGUCCAUGAGUAUUUCACUGUUUCAAUGUGGAAGAAGGCAUAUGAAGCUGUCAUAUACCCUUUUCCAGAUGUCGACUUAACACCACAUAAUGAAAGAGAUAAGUACUACCCUCUAGAGCUUAAGAGAAGAGCUGGAAGACCAAGGAAGCAAAGAAGAAGGGAGGAAGGUGAAGUAGGGUCAUCAUCAUCAAGAGCAAAGACUGUUAAGUGUGGCACUUGUGGUAAAGAGGGCCACAAUAAACAAGGUUGUCAAGGGGCUCCUAUUAGAACUAAUAGAAGACAAAAGGGAGGAAUUUCUGUUCAAGUGGGUAGUGGGGAGACAAGUGGUCGUGGUCAAGUUGAAGGCUCUUCUUUUGGUGAAGACCACCCACAACAAGGACCUUCGAGUUAG